AUGGGCGAUUCAUCGGGAGCCAUUAAAAAAAAUGACGGCAUUGGAGGACCGUUAGGAAAAGCAGAAAAAAUAAAUGAAUUAGAAGGAGUUAAAAAUUCACCCAAUGAAUUGAAUUCUGGAAAUCAACCUACACCAGGAGGAAUGAAAAAUACAACCGGACUUCCUGAAAAAACUGCAGGAGCAGGCGGAUUUCCGGAAAGUAUAGGUGGCGUUCAAGGAGGAAUGGGAAACAUAGGUGGUCCUCAAGGAGGAAUGGGAAGCAUGAGUGGUCAUCAAGGAGGAAUGGGAAACAUGGGUGGACCGCAACAAGGAAUGGGAAACAUGGGUGGACCGCAACCAGGAAUGGGAAACAUGGGUGGACCGCAACUAGGUAUGGGAAACAUGGGUGGGCCGCAACCAGGAAUGGGUAACAUGGGUGGACCGCAACUAGGAAUGGGAAACAUGGGUGGACCGCAACCAGGAAUGGGGAACAUGAGUGGCUUUCAAGGAGGAAUGGGAAUUAUGGGAGGUCUCCAAGGUGGAAUGGGUAACAUGGCUGGAUUUCAAGGAGGAAUGGGAAACAUGGGGGGAUUUCAAGGAGGUAUGGAAUAUAUGGGUGGAUUUCCAGGAGGAAUGGGAAAUAUGGGUGGAUUCCAAGGCGGAAUGGGAAACAUGGGAAUGGGGAACAUGAUUAGGCCACUUGGAGAUAUUAACGAAACAAGAAAAACAAAAUCUACCAAAAAAAAUUCGGAAUCUGAAAGAAUAAACAAAAAGAAAAAAUUGAAACAAAAUUCAUCAGUUACCAAAAGUUUUAUGAAUAAAUGCGAAAAGGAAAUAAUAAAAAAACAAAAAGAGUGUAGAUGUAGCUAUAAACCAAGAAUAGUUUAUGUUGGUGGAGGGCAACCAAUGACCACAUCUUGUCCUCUGCAAGAUUAUGUUUAUAUCGCUCAACCUCAUUAUCCGAUUUUAAAAAAUUACACGACAUUUGGCUACCCUAUCAACUUUUUUGGAAGAUUUUAUCAAAACCCCGCUAUCGUCAUUCAUAACCGACUGUUUGCUCUAUAA